CACUGUCAGUCAUCUUUGGAACGCUCUCGGGGAGGCUAUUUCCAGUGCAGCUCCAACUUGAAUGGUCUACUUUACCUGUAAUGCGGGACCGUUGGAAGCUAGAGCUUUUUGGUUAGGCGUUCCAAUUUCUUCUAUUAAUUUAAGAAGUGGAUAUACGCAGUAUGUUAUGUUUGAUUUGUAUUGUUUACAUGGUGCUGUCAUGGAGCUAAGCUAAUGCUAGCAUGCUAACCUUCGCCCACAAUAGGCACAAAUAAGGUUUAUAAAACUCUUGAGUUUAAGUUAUCAUAAUCGGAUUUGGAAUAUAACAUUAUCAGACUUGUGUCUUGAGUUUUAUUGUGUCUCUAGUUGUUUUUAAAGCCAGUGUAAUUUAUAUUUUAGUAAAAAAAAAUUUUUUUUGAAAAUAAUUUGAAUGUCAAUUCAUAUAAAUUUUGUGUUUCUAUAUGACUUCAAUAAAUUCUGACACCUGGCAACGAACUUACAAGUACCUUCUGUCAAAACAGACCACAAUUAUGGCUGUAAUACAAAGAGGUGAUGAACUACAGCCAUUACAACUGAGUAUGUCCAAUUCAGGCCUGAGCUCAGAAAAUGGGGCAAUGGGAACAGUGUUACUUCAUUUCUUCAGUCUGAUUCCUUAACUCCUUUAGUAAAAUAAUCAUUCAAGUUGGACUGUAAAUUAUGUAUCUUAGCCAACUGUGGGUAAUUAUUAUUAUUGUUUUUAUUAUUAGUUGUAUUAUUCCAUGCAAACUGAUGGCACAGGACUUUUGAAAAACAAACAAGCAAAAAAACAAUUGUAUAAACAUAUAUCUGAGGGUUAAACAUUAACUUUUCAGGGUAAUCAUUGUCAAAAUUUAAAUGGAUUCCAAAAGCUAAAUUCAUUCAGUAUCUUGUACUAUCAGCCUUUUUCAAAUGCUCCACCCUAUUCUCAGAAAUUGAAACUGAUCUCCCUCUCUCUCUGUCUCUGCUGUCAUAACUGGAUGCAACGGAUGAAGUGAUCAGUAGAUGUUUGCUGUUAAACUUUAAUAUGACUGACUUUCAACACACCUGGAAACAGUGAAACCUGCUGAGUGUGACAUCAGAAAAAUGGCAGAAUCUUCUUCUGAUGAUCAAAAUCCUUUCAAUUGUCCUAUCUGUCUUCAUCUUCUAAAGGACCCAGUAACUACAGCUUGUGGGCACAGUUACUGUAUGAAAUGUAUUGAAGAGUACUGGGAUCGGGAUAGUCAGAAGGGAGUUUACAGCUGCCCUCAGUGCAGACAGACGUUCACUCCAAGACCAGCUCUCAGCAGAAGCACUGUGCUGGCUGAAGUUGUAGAGAGAAUGAAGAGGGCAGAACCAGAAUCUGUAAAAGCCUCAUCUUUACUGGGUUGUGCUGUGUCAGGGGAUGUGGAGUGUGAUGUCUGCAUGGAGACAAAACUAAAAGCCAUCAAGUCUUGUCUUGUGUGUUUGGCUUCUUACUGUGAAACUCACAUCCAAACUCAUUAUACGUCUUCUGCAUUAAAGCGUCACAAACUGCUCAAUGCCUCGCCACACCUACAGCAGCAGAUCUGCUCUCAACAUGAUAAACCACUGGAGCUGUACUGCUGCCAAGAUCAGCAGUUGAUAUGCAUGCAAUGUGCUUUAAUUAACCACCAGAAUCAUAGUAUAGCUUCACCUGAAGCAAGAAGAAAAGAAAUACAGCGACAGUUGAAAUCAAAUCAGGAUGGCCUACAAGAGAAUAUACAUCAGCGAGAGAUGAAGAUAGAGGAGUUAAGACAAGCUGUGGACUCUCAUAAACGUUCAGCACAGGCUGCAGUGAAGCACAGUGAGACAAUCUUUACAGAGCUGAUCAGCUCCAUGGAGAAAAGACGAGCCGAGAUCACAGAGAUUAUCAGAGCUCAAGAAAAGAAUGAAGUAAGAAGGGUCGAUGCGCUAAUAAAUACAUUGGAGCAAGAGAUCAGUGAUCUGAAGAAGAAAAACAAUGAACUGGGGCAACUUUCAUACAUCAAGGAUGAUGUCUGUUUCAUUCAGAAUUUCUCUUCUCUUUCCCGUUAUCAAUGUUCAACUUCAAGCAUGUGCAUCUCUGUCAAUCAGCAUCUGACAUUUGAGGAAAUACAAACAAUUGUCUCUGAGCUGAAAGGUCAUCUGGAUGAUCUCUGUGAAGAAGACGCUGUCAGGAUAUCAGAGAAAGUUCCCACUGUCCAUAUAAUGAGAAACAAUGAGACAAUCACAGAGUAUCUGCCAUCUCGACCCAAGACCAGAGAAGAGUUCCUUAAAUAUUCUUCUGAACUAAAUCUGAAUCUCUCUUCAGCCUGUAAUCAGCUCUGUUUAUGCGGCAUGACUGUGUCAAGGCGUGAUUCACUACAAAGCAGUGUGUUUGGCACUUCUAUUCCUCCGCGAGAUAGCGGCUUUGGCUUUACUAGUCAAGACAGAAACAGCGGCUUUGGCUUUACUAGUCAAGACAGAAACAGCGGCUUUGGCUUUACUAGUCAAGACAGAAACAGCGGCUUUGGCUUUGCUAGGCAAGACAGAAACAGCGGCUUUGGCUUUGCUAGGCAAGACAGAAACAGCGGCUUUGGCAUUGCUGGGCAAGACAGAAACAGCGGCUUUGGCUUUACUAGUCAAAACAGAAACAGCAGCUUUGGCUUUGCUAGGCAAGACAGAAACGGCGGCUUUGGCAUUGCUGGGCAAGACAGAAACGGCGGCUUUGGCUUUGCUGGGCAAGACAGAAACGGCGGCUUUGGCUUUGCUGGGCAAGACAGAAACAGCGGCUUUGGCUUUGCUGGGCAAGACAGAAAGAGUGUCUUUGGUGAUCAGGGAAUUGAUGACCGUUUUAGAAAUGUUACAUAUCAGGUGUUGUGUAAUGAGAGUCUAUCUGGACGCUGUUAUUUUGAAGUUCAGUGGCGAGGAACAGGUUGCUCUAUUGCAUUCUCAUACGACCAGAUUCAACAAGGAGGAACUUUUGCCUUUGGACACAACAACAGAUCUUGGAAAUUUGACUUUCAAACAGCUCAUUAUCAUGUAUGGCACAAUAACCAACAGGAUAAAAUUCCACUGGUCUCUAAAAUUGGAGUGUUUCUGGAUCAGGAGGCAGGAAUUGUGUCCUUUUACAAUGUCUCUGACAAAAUGAACCUUCUACACAGAAUCCAGACCACAUUCACUGGGCCCCUCUAUCCUGGGUUUUCAUUUCAGGAUUGGGAAAAUGACUCAUCAGUGACCAUUUGUUGUCUGUAGUCUUUAAACCUAAAUUAGUAGAUCUAAUCUUUGUUAAAGCAAUCACUGAAAACAUAAUGAAUUCUACAUUGCAACAUAAACUGUUUCUGAUCACAUUGUAAAAUAUAUCCAGAUGUUCACAUUCAGUUUUGUAAAAGCAUUAUGCUGAAUUGUGUUAAUAGUACUGACCUUAAGAAUAGUGCCAAUAGGUCAAUUCAUCCCAUUAAAUAGGUUUUCAAAAUAUUGGUAUAUGGUAUUUUGGUUGUCUUUAUUUAUUUAUUUAUUUUUUGGCCACAUACUAAAGUCAGUGGCUGAAGUUGUUUAAUCUUAACCUCCAACUCAGGGAAGUGUUUUUCUUUCUUUCUUUCUUUCUUUCUUUCUUUCUUUCU